AUGGAUGUCGAUGACGUCAUAACGGCCGAGAUGUCCACGAUUGGCAUCACGCCCUCAACACCAAGGAAUUUGUUGCCUGGUACGAGACAAUCGAGGUAUACAACAUCAUUCCGCAGCAGCAGCAAGCAGCAUCACCUCUCCCCCUGCCCCGCUCAAGCUCUCGCUCACACACCUCCCAAGUCCAGCUGGCAUCCGGCCUUAACCCGCUCACACCACACCCUCACCGUCCUCUCUGACGCUAAAGCAGUCAUCUUCGGGGGCCAAGACUCAGAUGGCAGACUUUGCCCUCCGGCGAUACACGUCAUCACACUGCCAGAGGACCGACAUACACAGCAUACUGACGACAUUGAAAUUAACAUUGGCGUUGGGUCUCACCAUCACGCAUUGGAUCAGCAACAGCCGGCAGAAGACUCGGAACGAAACGAGCAGCAAACUGGGGAUGGCGGAAAUGACUACCGCACGGCGCAUACAUGCUACCCGCCUUUUACGCUCCAAGAUCCGUCGACUGGGGAGGUGCUCGUCCCUGCUCCGAGAAGUGGGCAUGCGACGUGUGCGAGGGGGGGUCAUAGAGUUCUUCUUCACGGCGGGAAGGGGGUAGUUUCUGAGCCUGUCACUGAAGCAAGGGAAGAAGAGGCAGGUUACAAGGAGGAUGCUGAUCAAACAAGGGAGCUCAAGCCACUAACUACUGACGGGAAUUGCAUCUGGCAAUGGAAUCACAACACCCUAAGCUGGUCAAAAUUCCCAGGAGAUAUUACACCCCUCGGGCAAGGCGAAAUGAAACCCCGCUACGGACACUGGUUGUUUUGGGGGAAAGAUGACCGCGGCCUGGAUGAUCAACUUCCUGCUUCCGACGAGGAGAGCAAAGGAGAGUACCUGAUCCUUGUUGGAGGACAAACAGACUCAAACAGGGACGAGGAUGCGGGCGUUUUGAAAGAAGUCUGGCUGUACGAAUUCGACCGCGGAGCAUGGAGCCCUCUCCCCUCGGCCCCUGCUCCCCCAGUUGCCGCUGCUUUUGUCAACCGGACUGUGUACAUCAUCUCGAACAAUACCCCAGAUAAGGGAAGCGACACAAUAUCGACAGUCCACUACCUCCCCUUGCACCGCUCUGCCGUCGAACGCGAGAAAGCUGACGCCCUCGCCUGGCACACAGUAUCCAUCCUCCCCGGCAGUCCCAGCCCUCGUCCCCGGACCGGCGCCUACCUGGCUCCCAUUCAGAUCGACAAUGGAAGGGAGUACCUAAUAUACCUCUUCGGCCUCGCCGUCUCCCCCUCGGCAAAGAGAUGGGAUUUCUGUCCUGAUGUUUGGGCAUUUCAACUCCCUCUUCAUCGCCGACUCAGCGCUGCUACUGCGGCGGUCAAGGACAAGAUCAAAGACGUCAUCCCAGGGGAAGGGUCGAGGGAAUUCAAAUGGAACGAGGCAGAGGUCGUGCCAGCAGAGUUGAUCACGGAGGAGGGAAAGGUCCAUCCCGGGUCGAGGGCGUUCUUUGGAGCCGAUUCGUGUCUGAAUGGGCGAGGGGUGGUUUUGUGGGGAGGGGUGAAUGCGUUGGGGGAAAGAGAGGGGGAUGGAUGGGUUUUGAGGGUCGAGGACUAG